AUGGCUCGUGGUCGUCUGCUUUCGUUCGAUGGGAAGGCUCAAAUUCGGGCUUUUUAUGAAGUUGAGCUCAGUAAGCGAGCCAUUUUCAGGCAAACAGGGAGAUCCCUCUGCUCCAUCCAUAGAUUUCUGGAGGGCCCCGAUGUCCUUAUAUCUAACAGCAGCUGUGGACGCCCAUGCAAGGUUGCCUUUUCGGACGAAAAGAAAUUCAACUUGGUCGGUCCUGACGGAAACAAGUACUAUGGGCGCGACUUGAGGAAGGAACCAGUCUACUUCAGCCGUCGCAAUUCCGGUGGAGGAAGUCAUAUGGUGUGGGGUGCAUUCUCCAAUGAUGUCGCGUCGGAUCUAGCCUUCCCUGCAGUUCCGAACUCAAUCCGCAUAAUAGUCAGAGUCAGACAGGUUUGUGCGAAUAACCGCCAGUUCCAGAGCACAGAAGAGCUGAAGCAGGCGAUUAUCGAAGCAUGGAGAGCAAUCGGUGAGGAACAUCUUCGAAACUCAGUUUCUAGUAUGCUGUUCGCAGGCUCUUUGAUGUUGCUCUUAAACAAGGAGGAGCUGUAG